CAGAGACACAGCAGAGGAUGAGGAGGAGAUGAACUGAAGACACGCAGGGCGGACAAGUGCUUAUCUAGGACAGCGUGAUGCUCAGUCUACUGCGCCCCCUACUGGCCGUCUGCCUGUACCUGCAGCUGCCCGGCGGUCAGGGCAGGAUCCCCGGGUACAACAACGGCUUUCAUUACCAGGACAUCAGCAACGGCAACGGCAACGGAGAGAUCUAUUUCAAUGGGGUUCGUCUACAUGUGGAAUCCCCGGAGCCUUCGGUGUCGGCCACCAGGGGGAGCAGUGUCACCCUUCCCUGUCACUACCACUACGAGCCCGAGCUCACCACGCCACGCAGGACCCGAGUCAAAUGGUCCUGGUUGCCUGCCAACACUAUCACUGCACCUGCUUCCCCUGAAGUCUUCACCAGGGAAACUGAAGUCAUGGUUGCCAUGGGCAACCGACACCGCAGCUAUGGCAACUUCCGGGGCCGUGUGCGCCUGAGACGCUCAGCACCAGGCGACAUGUCUCUAGUGAUCAAUGAGCUGCAGCUCAAUGACACAGGAAGAUAUCGCUGUGAGGUGAUUGACGGCCUGGAGGACGAGAGCGUGACUGUGGAGCUGGAGCUGCGAGGCGUGGUGUUCCCCUACUACUCUCAGAAAGGACGCUACCAUUUUAACUUCUUUGGGGCCCAACAAGCAUGUCAGGAUCAGGACGCCACUCUGGCUACGUUUGAGCAGCUCUUCGCAGCCUGGGAGGAGGGGCUUGACUGGUGUAACGCUGGCUGGUUGGCUGAUGGCACAGUGCAGUAUCCAAUCACAGUCCCACGUGACGGCUGCGGGGGUGUGGACUUAGCUGCUGGUUUGCGUAGCUACGGGCAACGAAAUCGCCUCCUCCACAGCUAUGAUGCUUUCUGCUUCUCUGCCUCUGUCAAGGGGACUGUCUACUUUUUAAAGCACCUGACCAAGCUAAACUUCACUGAGGCGGUCCAGGCUUGUGCCAGUGAUGGAAGUCAAAUUGCUAAAGUAGGCCAGCUGUACGCCGCCUGGAGGCUGAUGGGGUUGGACCGCUGUGAUGCCGGCUGGUUGGCUGAUGGAAGUGUGCGUUAUCCUAUCACAAAAGCCCGGGCUAACUGUGGCCCGCCUGAACCAGGGGUGCGUAGUUUUGGGUUCCCCCCUCUGUACCUAAAGUUUGAUGUCUACUGUUAUCGGUAGAUGCUCUGACUCAACACGAGACAAAAACAAAACCAUUCUAACAGCACACUGGUCCAAAGCUCGGCUCGGGAUGUUAGCGUUAGCUGUAGCCUGGAUGCAAAUUAGCAGUUAGCCAGUUUGUUCAUUUCUGAGCUGUUUUUGGGUUAAUCAAUCUCCACUUCCAUAAGACUGUAACUCAUGUCUCAGUAUUGAACUGUAAUAUUAUUCAACAACUGUUGUUGCACUUACUAUAUGACCAGAAGCAUGUGGACACUGCAAAAUGACAUCCAUACAUAAUUGCUAAACUUCUCAUUUCAAAACCAGAGGGCAUUAAUGUGCUGCUAUAACAGUCUCCACUCUUCAGGGAAGGCUCUCUACAAGAUUUUGGAUCCUGGCUGCAAGGAUUUUCUCACUUCAGCCACAAAAGCAUUAUUGAGGUCAGCCACUAUUGUUGGGUGUUUAGGCCUGGUUCACAGAUAUUCCAGCUCAUCCCAAAGGAGUUAGUGCGAACUGAGGUCAGGGCUUUGUACAGGCCAUUCAAGUCCUUCCACAGAAAACUGGCAAAAACAUCACUUUAAGGACUUUGGUUUGUACAAGGCAUUGGCAUGUUGAAACAAGAAAGUGUAUAUUUUUGUUUAAGCAUUGAGGUUCCCCUUAAUUUGAUCUAAUGGGCCCAAUCCUCACAAUGAAAGUACAUAUAAGUAUAUGACAGAGAUGUCCACAUACUAUGGAGUGCUGCAGGCAUGAAGUAUUUUUGUAGGCCAACCUGGAAUUUAGCAUCACCCUGGUUCCCUCAACAAAAAGCUUUUGGAUUACUGCAGAAAAUAAGCUCUGUGACAAACACAAAAUAUGAUACUGAUAGAUAAUCUUAACAAAUGAACACCACUUUUAUGAUUUAUGAAGCCUUAAUACAAUCUAAUCUCAAGGCUAUAAACAAACUACACCAAGACCACAUGACUUCAACGUCACCACCACUAAACUUCUAUAAGAGCCUUUGCUUUUACAAAGUUAGUAAUUAUUUGCAAAAGCUCGAGUAUAAACACAACAAGGCUGUAAAGGUGGACUGGUGAGAUGAUCGCUUUUCAUGUUCAGCAUGAUGACAUCUAACCUCUGGUGGAGUCUCAUUUAGCCCAUUCUUAACAACUGCCUUUUUUAAGACACGAAUGAGUUUAAAAAUAUCACAAGUGGGGUAUUAACUGAGGUAUUUUAUAGAAGUAGAAUACAACUUGGAAACAUCUGGAGCUUGUGUUAACCACAGACCUUAUUUCAGUCAUCUAACCACAAUCCCCAUUUGACCCAUUGACUAUGGGAUGAAGGAACCAGAGGAACAUUUUUCUGGUAUUUAGGACUCAUUCCUGCAGCACUCUAUUGGCCAUAUAAUGUAUAAUGUCACAACCACAUCAACAGCCUGUAGAAACGUGGUUUGUUUUUUGCCUUAUUCUGGCUGCAAAUUCCACUCACAAAUCAAAUCAAGUUUUAAUUUUUGGAACUGUUUUGAAAAUUGGCUUUGAUUUGAUCCACCACCAGCACUGACCUUAAUUCACAGAUGAGUCAUGUAACACUAGAGGAAGGUAUUCAGAUGGAAUAAACCUCUUCAUAUCAAUAUAAUUCACUGCUCUUCAGCCAGACCUCAGUCCUUCACCCACCCUGUAUUUAUUCAGACAACAUGUUCACAUUGUCUUUUCCAGCAGUGCCCUCCACAACGUAGCAGACAAACCAUAACAAAUGUUUAAAAAUUCAAUCUCUGCUUCAUACUACAACCACAGACUUUUGGGUUAAGUGCCUUGCUAAAGGGCACCCUGAUGGUUGAGGGAGUGGAGAGUGUCAGAUCUUUCUAACUGGUCCAUGAUUGCACACUCACUAACUGUAGAUAAUUUCCACCACAGACUCUUUCUGUCUCUCCAACACUGUGAAAUAUACUGUUAAGUUUUUGUUCACCUCCUGAAAUGUUUGUGUAUCUGACUUUAUAAAGUAUAAUGCAUCUCUUUUUCAUGUUUUAAGGGUGAUUAAGAGUAGUACUCUGUGAUGGAGAGAGCAGAAGUUAUGAGUGAUUCUCUGUAUCUUUGUCUUAUUUAAACUACCUUGUUUACAUCCAUUGUGGAAGAAGAAGCAGUGUUUCAGUACACACAUGUACCUUUUAUUCAUUCUAUAUGUCCACGCAUUUGUGCUAUUUUCUACAAAUGAAUAAAAGCACCACUGUAAAGAUGUUUUUAUGAGAUACAUUCAUUAGAAGGAAUUAGGUGAUUAAAAAAAAAACUAUAC